AUGCAGUCCCAGGGCAGCACCUCGUCCCAGCCCUCCUUCGACUCCCUGAGCUCCAGCGACAGCCUCCUGCUCAGCGACUCGGAGCAGGCCGAGGACGACGCCGACGUCUUCCUGACCGACAGCUCGUCCUCCAUCAUCAUGGGUGAGGCGGGCGGGGCGGCGGCCGGCGGGGCCGAGAGUCCCGGGUCGCAGUGGACCUGCGACGGCUUCACUGACAAGGAGGAAGAGGAGGAGGCGUACCGGUCGGACGACAGGGCGGCUCGGGUCGGCGAGACGGACCAGACGGGACAGGCGUCCAAGUCACAGGGAGAUCUGCUGUUUGCUCAGAAGUGUGCUGAGCUGCAGGGUUUUGUUCGGCCGCUGCUGGAGCUGCUGAAUGGACUGAAGAGAGGCCGAUUCGACCGCGGUUUGAGUAGUUUCCAGCAGAGCGUGGCCAUGGAUCGAAUCCAGAGGAUUGUGGGGGUUUUACAGAGACCCAACAGCGGGGAGAAGUACCUGAACACGCUCCUGCAGGUGGAGAUGAUGCUGAAGCUCUGGUUUCCUCACAUCCCCGUUCAGCCGGUGUCUGCGGCCUCCAGCGUGGCCAUGUCUCCAGCCCGCUCCCUGCAGGACACGUCCAACUCCACGCCGCCGCACAAGCACCGGGAUCAGCUGCACAUUCCCGUCAAGAAGCGCAGACUCAGCUGGACGGGUACGGACUCCACCUCGCCGUCGCCCGUCCUUCUCAAGUGCCCUCGAAUCAACGCACAAGAGAAGAGGCUGGAUCAGGACGAGGGGGACGGCCCUCCUCCGUCUCCAUCGCCGGCAUCUGAUGCAAAACAGAAUUCCCCAGAUGUUGCCGAGCACAGCCAGCUCACCGACGACUCAAAGGGAAAAGACAGUGACGGCGAGGAAGCAGGCAAACUGCCCGACUACAAAGCAGGCCACAGCUCCGAGCCCAGCCUGACUUGGGUGCACGUCGCCCCGAUUCUGUCCCCGCGAAAGGUCCCCCACGAGGGCGCGGCGGCGGUGGCGGGUAGCAGCGAACUGACGGCCGGCAGGAGGGGCAGUCCGGCCACGCAGGACAGCUCCGUCUCCUCGACCACGCCCCGCAAGCACCCCAAAAACCUGAAGAAGCCACUCCGGUGCCAAAGCCAGCCUGUUGCUGCAGAACAGAGCGAGACCGCGGAGACGUGUCAGGGCGAAAGCCAGCCUCCUCUCCACGCCACACUGACGCCUUUGCCCCGGGCCUGUCCCACCACCGUAGAGACCUGAUGCACUGAAGAGCCGGCAGCCCGACUCCGAUCCACCGCCGGGCUGAACGCUGCUGCUGUGACGGGAAGAAGAGGCUGAAGGCCUGUGAUCAUACAAGCAUUAAGGAAAAGAAGAAGAAGACGGAAGAGUUGUGGGUGGUAGAUACCGAGAUCAAAUAAUGGAUCAAACAGUUAGUUCAGACGACAGGAUGACAUUAAAUUAAACCUACCACGACUACAUAAUAAUCUAAAUAUCUGCACAAAGAUGGUGGUUUGGUUGAAGGGGAAAGAUAAAAAACACUUGAAGGAACAUACAGGUUACAGGAGGACAGACCAAUAGGAGAGAUUGUGAAGAAGUUGGAGGAGAGAAUCAAAGUUCCUCCUCAGCAUGAAAGCAAUCACUAGAUUCAGAGGUGUUUCAUUGAACUGGAAGGACUCUGAAAUAGAAAAACACUGAUGUCAAUACUGAGAAUGAAAGCUUCUGAUGUUUAUUGUGAAA